AUGGCCAAUCAAUGCGGUGCGUCGCUUCCCAUCCAGCUGCAGCUCGAUCGGGGCGGUGAUUUGGGCUGUUCUUUGCAACUUCAUCUCUGUCUCUCUCUCUUGCAUUUCUCCCAUCCUUGGAGCUUCAUUCCCUUCUCCCCCUUUUUAUCCCUGUUCUAUCCCCGUCUUAUCUCCGGGACCCAUAUCAUCUCACGUAUGAGCGUGAGAUUAGCUUAUCCGGUACUCUCUCCAGUCCCGACCCUCUUCCCUUCCCAAAUUGAAUUGCUCGUUUCAGCUUUCAGGAGCUCUCUCGCCCUGCACGAAGACCCUGUCUUGCUACACUUUUAA